AUGCUGUUGCAAUUUUUAUUCAGAUUUCUGGUUACCACUGUGGUCACAAUCUCGGCCAAUACCGUUGCGCUAGGCAACUUGGCGGUAGUAAUUCGAGGCGAAGGAGUUCUAUCCACUGACGAAAAUCCGAUCAAAGCUCCCACAUCCGAUUUAUGGUGCCAAGCUAGAAAGGAUGGUGAGAUUCAACAAAUCGCAUGGGCUCGAUUUAUACGAACGAAGGAUAGAAAAGUUUUAGAGGCACAAAUAGAUCCUGAUAACCGACGGGCUCGACUUAUUUUCGGUGAUGCAUCGGCAGCGGAUUCCGGAAAAUAUCGUUGUGAAAUUCGAAUCGAUGAAGGAGAACUGGUAUUCGGAAAUAUGUUCGCAUAUUCACGUCCUGUGGUACACACGAACUCGUCCGAGACGAUGAAAGUCUCGCCUUCCGAUCCUACCCUUGUUAUCGCUCCAACAAUAUCUCUCGCCAAAGAUUCCAAUGCUCACCUUGUCUGCCCGAUUCAUGCAUAUCCACAUCCUAACGUUGUUUGGUAUAAGGAUGGAAUACCACUUGAAGCCUCAGCAAAAAUUAUACUCCACAAAAACACACUCGAAAUAAAUGGUUUAGAAGACGGGGACGCUGGUAUGUACAGAUGUGUCGCCUCGAACCAAUUUCCUAUCUACGUGGAUGGGCCUGAACAAGAAUUUGAGGUGAAAGUCGACCGGGAGUUGAAGAUCAGUGGAAGUUACGGAUGGUUGCUACCUCUUAUAGUCAUAUUCGUCAUUUUACUUCUUCUUUUCAUCAUUAUUUACUCUUGUCAAGCAUGUAAGCGAUAUAAGGCGGAUCAAUAUCACGUGGCCGAAAGAGAACGAAACUAUCGAAAUGUUGAGGAUCAACGACUGACCGACAACAAGAAUUACUAG